GAUUAAAUGGAGCAGUGAGCAGUACCUCCUGUAGAAAUGUUUCUCCCCCGUUAUAGAGCACUGAUCUGCAGUCAGUUUACCCGCUUCUCUCGGUCCUCUUCCUGGUCCUCCAGCUGCUCUCAGAUCGCUGCUGCUCCGCCCCGGAGGGGUUUUUUCGCGGGAAAAUCUAGUGUGAACACACGGAGAGACAGAGACACGGAUAACAGUAGAGUCAUGCCGUCUAAUGUGGAGAUCAAAGCCAAAGUGAGCGACCCGACGCGAUUCGCCGCGAGGGCAGCAGAGCUCAGCCAAUCAGAGGGCACGAUCAUCAAACAGCACGACACGUUCUUCAGCUGCACCCAGGGACGCCUGAAGCUGCGAGACUUCAUGGACCAGUCCGGUCAGCUGAUCUUCUACGAGCGCCCCGACACCGACGGACCCAAACUGUCGCGUUACUCCAUCAGCCCGACCAGCGACCCCCCCUCUCUCAGGACGGUGCUGUCAGACGCCCUCGGGGUUAAAGGGGAGGUGCGUAAGGAGCGACGGCUGUUCCUGAUUGGUCAGACCCGAGUUCACCUGGACGCUGUGGAGGGGCUUGGAAACUACAUGGAGCUGGAGGUGGUGAUGCGUCCAGAGCAGACUGUAGAGGACGGACAGAAGGUUUGUUUGCACCACAUAUGUCUUGAUUCCCUCUCCU